AUGUCUGCGACUGUAUUCACAGACGCAGAGUCUGACCUUUAUGUCGACAAUCAACUUGAAGGGGUUGCAGAUGGCCAGAAAAUUGCGAAGGAGUUCACAAAAUCCUCGGCGGAGGAGGCAGCUUCAAGGAUUAAAAAGAACAUUUACAGCUUGGAACACGUGACUCUCAACAUAGCCGUAACUGGAAAUGCAGGUGCAGGGAAGUCGACCUUUGUGAACGCACUGCGGGGACUAAGCAACGAUGAUGAGGGGGCCGCCAAAGCUGGUGUUGUGGAGACAACAAGGAUCCCUGCGCCAUACACACAUCCCACAAUGCCAAACGUAAUCAUUUGGGACCUGCCAGGCAUAGGCACUCCUAACUUUAAAGCCAAGACGUACCUUUCCGACGUGAAGUUUGAGCGUUACGACUUCUUCAUCAUCCUCACCUCAGAGAGAUUCAAAGAGAACGACAUAAACCUGGCCAAAGCGAUCAAAAAGAAGAAACUGCUUUACUAUUUCAUUCGCUCAAAGAUUGACAACGACAUCACGGCAGAAGGCAGAAGAAAAGACUUCAAUCAGGAACGUCUGCUUUCACAGAUCAGAGAGGACUGUCAGAAGAACUUGAAAAGUGUUGGAGACCCUAAGGUCUUCCUCAUAUCCUCCUUCUGUUUACAGGAUUACGAUUUCAACAAUUUGAUGGACACUCUGGAGAGGGAGCUUCCUGAUGCCAAGAAGCAUGCUCUCAUCCAGUCUCUACCAGUGUACUCAAUAGAGGCCCUACAGAGAAAGAAGAAACACUUCCAGAGGAUGAUCUGGCUCACAGCCUUUGGCUCUGGUGCUAUAGCUCUGGUUCCUAUUCCAGGGAUGACAGUGGUGUGUGACUAUGGAAUCGUCACUUCCUUUCUGGGGGACGUUUUCAAGUCCUUCGGCCUUGAAGAUACGUCUUUACAGAAACUAGCCAAAAGAGUGGAAAGACUUGACUGGAUGGACUUGAGGGCAGAAAUGAAAUCAACGUUUAAAGAUGGAGUGACAUCCGAGGCGGUGACAUCUUACUUCAAAACUCCUUCGAUGGCCGCCAUCAUGACGCUGAAGGGACUCAUGAGCUCCGUCAUCCCUUUCGCGCAGCUACCAGCUGGUGCAGUGUCAGUGCCCGUCAUGCAUCAUCUUCUCAACCGAGGCCUCAAGGAAAUGGAAGGGGAUGCCAAAGCUGUGCUGGAAAAGGCGCAGCUGUACCAUGUGCCGCUUUUCAAAGGAGUCGAAAUGGCACGUGCAUCCAACAACUACGUGAACGUGGAGGAUGACUCCGAUUAUUAUUUUAGAGAAAUUGUAGAUAUCUACAGGUCAUGUUCCACAAUGUCGGCAGGCACAGCCAUCGUCCGAGGUAGACUUGACCAACUGAAUUAUGUCACACUAAACAUAGCAGUCACGGGGAUGUCAGGCGCAGGGAAGUCCACAUUUGUCAAUGCCAUAAGAGGCAUCCCGAACAGCCACCCCCUUGCCGCACCAACAGGCGUGACCGAGACAACCACGACUCCCGUCAAGUACAACCACCCCAGCAUGCCAAACGUCACGAUAUGGGACCUACCAGGGAUAGGAACCACAAAGCACCAAGCCAAGACCUACACAAAGCAGCAGAAGUUUGAGACGUAUGACGUCUUCAUCAUCAUCACCUCUGAGAGGUUCAAAGAAAACGACAUCCUACUGGCUAAAGCCAUCCUAAAACAGAAAAAGCUCUAUUAUUUUGUCAGGUCGAAAAUAGACAAUGACAUGUAUGCAGAGCAGCAAAUGAGUAGACGCAGUGAAGCACAAGUUCUGGCCAACAUCCGAUGGGACUGUCAGAAACACCUCAGAGAUUUGGGAAACCCUAAGGUCUUCCUUAUGUCCUCCUUCCAUUUAGAGAAAUACGAUUUCCCAGAACUGAUAGAAACCCUAAAGGAGGAGCUUCCGGAAAACAAGAGGUUAGCCCUCAUCCAGUCCCUGCCCGUGUACUCCACCGAGAUUCUGAGGAUGAAAUGUAAGCAUUUCAGGAAAAUGAUUUGGCUGACAGCCUUUGGUGCGGGUGCAGUUGCGAUGGCGCCACUUCCAGGACUAGCAUUAGUGUGUGACUACGCGAUCGUGCUGAGCUUCCUCAGCAAAGUCCACAAGGCUUUCGGCCUUGACGAGGAAUCCCUCCAAAGGCUGUCUGUUCGCAUCAACAAACCCGUACGGGAGCUCAGGUCGGCCAUGAAGUCCCGGUUCAGGGACGGGGUGAAUCCGGACGUGCUGAGUAAGUUCCUAGCCACGCCGGGUGUAACGGUUGCUGCCUCUGUGCAGUCCACGAUGACAUUCCUGGUGGGCGUUGGCACGCUGGUGGCAGGAGGGGUGUCUAUCGCUGCUGUGCACCAUUUACUGACCAAGGGGAUGGCGGAGAUGGAGGAUGAUGCUAAAGCAGUGCUAACGGUAGCUCAGUUCAUCAUGGAAAAUGAACCCCUUUACAUCAAUCCUAUUGAGAAUUUAUACAUCAACCCUGAUGAGAAUUUAUACGUGCAACCAGAUGAAGACAUCAUAAAGACGUACAAGACACACAGCAAAGAAGACGCCACAGCCAAAGUUAAAGAGCAGUUAGAUGACCUGGAUAGCAUUACACUAAACAUAGCUAUCACAGGUAUGACUGGAACCGGGAAAUCCACCUUCGUAAAUGCAAUAAGAGGCCUUGGAAGUGACGACCCUGGAGCAGCACCGACUGGAGUGGUUGAAACUACCAUGACAAAUAACAUGUAUCUUCACCCCACAAUGCCAAAUGUCAAGAUCUGGGACCUGCCCGGAAUUGGGAGCCCAAAGUUUAAAGCGAAGAAAUACCUGCAAGAAGUCAAAUUGGAUACGUUCGACUUCUUCAUCAUCCUUACUGCUGACCGAUUCAAAGAGAAUGACAUCAUGCUGGCCAAAGCCAUUCAGAAGAAGAAAAAGCUGUUCUACUUUGUCCGCACAAAAAUCGACAACGACAUACGCACACAACAGCACAGAGCCAAGUUCAAAGAGGAGGUGAUGCUGAAAAGCGUGAGGGAUGAUUGUGAAAAAAAUCUGGCACAACUGGGGAAGCCCAAAGUCUUCUUGAUAUCCUCACAAGAGUUAGAAAAGUAUGACUUCAGGGAUCUGAUUGCCACAUUGGAGACAGAGCUCCCAGAUAACAAACGACGUGCUCUCAUUCAGUCUCUUCCUGUCUGCUCCCUUGAGAUGAUUGAGAAGAAAAAAGCCUACUUCAAAAAGGUGAUCUGGCUAUCUGCAUUUGCAGCGGGGGCACUUGCAGUCACCUUCACGGCUUGCCCUCUUCCUGGUGUGCCGGUUGGGUGCAAUAUUGGGAUCUUGUUGAAGUUCCUUCAGGACGUUUACCAGUCCUUUGGACUGGACGAAGCCUCCCUUCAGAGACUCGCCGACAGGAUCAACAAACCAGUGGAGCCACUGAAGUUGGCCAAGAAGUCACGUUUCACGGAUGGAGUCACCUCCCACAUUAUUUUGCAAUACUUCGAAAGGCCCCUGAUCAAGGCAGCUCUGGCCACUGUCACCGUCAUGAACUUUGCAUGGGUGGGUGGGUCUGUAGUAUCAGGCCCUGUCACCGUGGCCAUGAUGUACCAUCUGUUGAACAAAGGUCUCCUGGAGAUGGAGGAGGAUGCCAAGGCAGUGCUGCAGGCCUCUCAGCUGGAGCGCUUCGAGGGGCUCUCUGAAACACUGCAGCAGAUGAAGAAGGGACGCUAGUCUCGGACGAACUUUUCAUUGUGAAGUUUUGAUUGCAAUGGUGGUGGUAACAUUGGUUUUGGAUGAUAAAGACAAUACUGCCUUUUUACAAAAGUUGGA